AUGGCCACCUUAGACGAGACGUCUCCAUUGCUUUCCCUGUCUUGUGAACCCCUUUUACUCGGUCGAAGACAUUGUUAUGGUCGUGAAUCGUUCGAGACGGGGUUCCCGCUUGUUGUUGCCGAAGAUAUUGAAUUCCAUACAAUGACGAUACAGGAGCUUAAAGCAUCUGAGACGAAAUCUGAACGGACUACAGCUUGUCUGUCACCUUGUCAAUGGGUGGAACGUCAUUGUGCUGUGCCAUUCACACUGCUAAUGUCUGCAAUUGGUGCUGGCACACUGGCAGUGCCUUAUACUUUUGUGCUAUUGUCGCCUAUCCAGGCAAUACUAGUGUUGUGCUGCGUUGGUCUUGCAAUGGGCUUUACGGCUGAUACACUUUUGGAGACUCAUGUGUCGGUGGCAAUGGAAAGCAAGGAUAUACCGCAAGAGAAUCGCGAGACGUACCAGCAUCUCGCAUGGAGAGCUGGUGGUAAAGUCUUGGCUCGAGUCACUGGAACGUUAACGGCGUUCGCAGUGUUCGGGGCAUGUGUAGGCUGCGUGUGUGUGGUAAAGGACAUGGCGCCGAUAAUGCUAUCGGCAGUUAUUGCUGGAUUUGAUCAUCAACCAUUGGAAAUGCAGCAACAUGCUGUGGUCGUUACAGUUUGGAUCGUGGGGCUGGUCGUGGCGCUACCUUUGGGAUGUCUAACUAAAAUGUCGGCCCUGCGCUUUUCGUCGUACUUUGGUGUAGCAUUCUCUGUAUAUCUCGUCGGUGCCGUAGCAUACCGUGCUAUUGUCGCGGGUAAUGAAGCUGAAAGUAUUGCAUUGCCAGCGUCCGUCUUGGAGACUCAAGCACCUUUGUUCUGGCGCAUCUCUGAAGUUGCAGGAAUGUACAAUUUUACGUUCAUGCUUCACCUGAAUGUGAUUCCGCUGCUUGCACAACUUGUGGCUGCUGAGAAGACGAGAAGACACAAAGUGUAUGGGAGUGAUUUUGAAGCACUUGCCAGUGCAGAAGCUCCUGCAGUCGUUGAUAUCCUCCAAGGAGCUAGACACACUUUGCGACGUUAUCUGAUGUUAAUUGUCUGCACGUGUGUCUUGCUCUACGCAAUUUUUGGCGUUUGCGCUGCACAGAUCUAUGGAAACACAACACAGGGCAACAUCUUGCUGAACCUCACAAAUGAUCAAAUUAUGGCGGUCCCUCGCAUGGCAGUCUUGUUGACAAUUUUGUUUUCAUUUCCACUGCUAUUUCACCCGCUUCGGUCGUUAGUGCUCGAGAUGAUCAUGGUCUGUACUUCUCACCGAGCUGACAAAAUGUUGGACAAGGAAGUGAAGCAAGACCAAGAACUAUCACCAACUGUACAAGCUGCUGUGACGGUGCUGCUGCUAACUGCACAGAUUCUCUGUGCCUUACGUGUUCCAGGAAUUCAAGUGGUCUUUUCCUUUGUUGGUUCCAGCAUCUUGCUCAUACUGUGUUACCUGUUUCCAUUGAUAUUUUAUGUACAACUUGUGCCAUGGCGCUCCAGUCGUACCGGAACGAUACGUCUUGUUCUCUUGUCAGCACUCGCAGUGGUCGCGAUUGUAGUUUGUGUUGCGGCGACGCUACAACUCGCGUUAGCGUGA